UUAACCUCUUCACGGCGGCCGCACACAAAUGUGCGACCUCCCGGCGUCUGGGCCUAGACGCCGAGCGGCCGCACAUUUGUGUUCUAUUAAAAAAGGACAUAUGUGCCGAGAGCGCGCGUCCUGCGCGCUCCCAGCACACAUGUCCGGUACUCACGAAACGGUCCCGAUCUCCUAUUUCGAUCGGGACCUUCCCCGAUCAUGUGACCGCCGUGACGGCGCGUCACAUGACCCUAAACCCCGCCCCGCCUCCCAGCAUCUGGAACCCUUAAAGGGCCGGGAGGCGCCGGCGUGAAGGGGUUAA